AUGGCGAAAAGGAACGCUGCUAGAAACUCCAUCAUGGCAGUCACUAGAGCUGACGGGACUAUUAUCAUUGCUGCCGAUGAUAUUGCCCAAGAGUUCGUUGAUUACUACACAUCACUCUUGGGCACCGAGGCUCACACCAUCCCAGUCAAUGACGGUGUGUUCGAUUGGGGCCCCAAACUCUCCUCUGAGCUUACCGAGGAACUUUGUAGGGAAGUCACAACACAGGAGGUCAAGGAAACCAUCUUCAAUAUUAAUGACUACAACGCAUCCGGCCCCGAUGGAUAUUCUUCAUGCUUUUUCAAGAAAGCAUGGAAUGUGGUGGGUGAUCAAGUAUGCAGGGCCGUUUUGGAUUUCUUUAAGAGUGGACGGAUGCUACGGCAACUCAACCACACCAUCAUUGCUCUCGUGCCCAAAUCAGAGCAUUCCACCUAUAUUGCCGACUACCGACCGAUUUCGUGCUGCAAUGUUAUCUACAAGGCCAUCACGAAAAUUAUCUCGGACCGCCUCGCCCCUGCAUUGCAGCACUUAAUAGACCGUUGCCAGGCUGCGUUUAUUGGAGGCCGCAACAUAACAGACAAUAUUUUCUUGCCCCAAGAAAUGUUCGGAAAAAUGAGAUGA